AAUUAAAAAUGAAUAAAAAAUUCCACGUCACCCGACAACCGUCUACUUGCCAAUUUCGUCAGCAAAUUUUUUCUUCACUUUCCUCUUUUGCGUCUUCAUUAACAUACACGAAAAAAUAAAAGGGUAAACAGAAAAUAUUUAGAGCCCAUUUUUUUUCAAAUUUUUAAUUUUCUUCAAGACCCUUGUUCAUUUUUUUUUUAAGAAUCAAUUUUUUUGGUUAUUGAUUAAAGUUCUUUGGUGAUUUUAUCAAUCAAUUAAGGAAUUUCAGGCAGCGUCGAGGAAAAAUGCUGCCUCCACGCCAACAACCACGGCCUGGUGGAAUUCAGACGUCUUUAUCCUUGGUUGUCUCUCCUGAUGCCUGCGGAUCUCCUAAUCUUCAAGAACGUGGCUCAAACUCUGAUCAGGCACGUGAUUCACCAUCUGAAAGUGCUAGCUCACGCGAAACUUGGCCAACAUCUGAUGCUUUGAUGGGGAAAAAAAGGAAGGAGAAAGAGAAUGGCUAUGCUGAGCACUCUGUUGUCCGCAAUAUGUCAAACUCAGAAAAAAUAUCCCUUCGGGACAUUGCUCGAGAAAGAGUUGACCUUGUAGCUGACAGGAUGCGAAAUCUCCCGGAUGAGUAUCUAGAGAAGUUCAAACAUGAACUUCGGGUCAUUCUUGAAGGAUCAGCUGGUGCUCAGCACCGAGACGAGUUUCAAUUCCUCCAAAGGCUAGUGAAUAGUAGGGGGGAUUUGACGGAUGGACUCCUGUCUAUAACACACCGUGCCCAGCUAGAAAUUCUAGUUGCCAUCAGGACCGGAAUUCAGGCAUACUUGCAUCCUAGUGUCAGUCUCUCUCAAGCUUCUCUCAUCGACAUUUUCUUGUAUAAGAGGUGCCGAAGCAUAGCAUGUGGCAGUGUGCUUCCAGCAGAGGAAUGUAGCUGCAAGCUUUGCUCGAAGAGAAAUGGUUUCUGCAACCUUUGCAUGUGUGUGAUUUGUAACAAGUUUGAUUUUGAGGUGAAUACUUGCCGAUGGAUUGGUUGUGAUCUUUGUUCUCAUUGGACACAUACGGAAUGUGCCAUUAGCAAUGGGCAGAUUGGAAUGGGCCCUUCUGUUAAGAAUGGUGAUAGCUCAGUCGAGAUGCUCUUCAGAUGCCAUGCUUGUAGCAGGACAUCUGAGUUAUUUGGUUGGGUUAAAGAUGUGUUCCAACACUGUGGCCCAAGUUGGGAUGCGGAAGCUUUUGUUAGACAGCUCGACUUUGUCAGGAGAAUUUUCCAGAGAAGUGAAGAUGCCAGAGGCCGUAAGUUAUUUCGGAAAUGCGAGGAACUCAUUGAAAAGCUGAAAGGUGGCGUUGCUGACCCUAUGGCUUGUAAAUUAUCCCUUUUCCAAGAUCUUGAUGUGGAUCAUUCGAAGAGUCAAGACAAUGACGAUCGUGGUCCCAUAGCUCCAUUAGAGGCAUUCAACAAGAUUGCAGGUUUAGUACAGGAAGCCAUCCGAAAAAUGGAAGCUGUAGAGGCAGAAAAAAAGCGGAUGGUUAAGAAAGCACGGUUAUCUUACGAAGCAUGUGAGCAGGAGAUCAAGGAUAAAUCUCGCGAAGCGACCGUGCUGCAAAUGGAGAGGCAGAAGAAGAAGGAACAAAUUGAUGAGCUUGAAAGCAUCGUAAGGCUUAAACAGGCUGAGGCUGAUAUGUUUGACAAAAAGGCCAGCGAAGCUAGAUGCGAAGCUGAGAGACUGCAACGAAUUGCGCUGGCCAAGACAGACAAGUCGUCGGAAGAGGACUACCUUAAGAGGUAUCUGAAACAGCGGUUAAACGAGGCCGAGGCAGAGAAGAACUACAUGAUUGAGAGAAUGCAGCUUCAAGGAAGUUCACGAGCGUCGCAGAGCAGCGCCGGAGGAAGCGACUCUCCACAGAUUAUGUACAGCAAAAUCCAAGAUUUGAUUAAGAAUCUGUAGAUUGUUGUUUUCAAAGGGGGGUGGAGGUGGGGUGGGGGGUGAUCAAAUGCCAUGAACUACAUUGGCUUGAAUUUUACUAGGCUUUCUGGAUUUAUGAAUUGGUUUUGAACUUAUGGUCUUUGAUAAUUUUUCUUCUA